AUGUUUGUUCACCGUAUGGAAACUGCUCAUCAACUAAUAUAACCAUGUCAACCGAAGAACUUGAGCACAAUUUUCUGAAGCUACUCAUCUACUUUGGAGAUCUUAAUCACGAAAUUAUAACAGAAGAACCUGUGUAUACUUUUACAAGACUGUUGUCUGAUGUAGGAGGAUCUCUUGGGUUGUGUCUCGGAGUAUCUCUGCUGUGUAUUUGUGAACUCGUCGAAGUUCUUUUCGACAUCAUCCAAACUGCUGUCAAGAAAGUUUGCAAGCGAAAAUCUUGAAUUCUGCAACGCUGUUUGGCUGAUAUUUUAUACUUCAAGUGUUAGUAGUCAAAUGGAAUGAUAACUUUAGGAUUUUUUCUUCUCUUUUUUUUCUCACUUUUUUUAGAUAUUCGGAAGCGUCUAGUUUUGUCCAUGUAUUGCGAAUAAAAAUAUUGUCUGAUUAUUCUUUACGUUACUUUUUUUUGUUUUAUCAUAGGUUAAAAUAUAGUUUAAAAAGCCGUUUUUGAGAAAAUUUAAUACAAUACGUAUUACUUCUUCAUUGUUGUUAAAAGAAAAAUAAAUGAGUCAAUAUAAAAUGUAUGAAAAACCUAGAGAGAUUAAUAAAAAAAAAACCAAGCACACGAACUGCUCUUUAAGUUCUGCAAUUUUUAUGCUAAUUAUUCCUUAAAAUCUUUUUAAAAAAACUUGUUAUUUUGAAACAACCUGUAAAACAAAUAAAGUAAAAACUGCUUCAUUGAUUUUUCUCAUUACUUUGGCUAUUCUUUGUCAUUCAUUCAUUAGAUAAGAUUUUAGUUGAUGUAUUAAUACUCGAUUUAUUUCACUUGACUGGGCGGAGUUUAACCGGUUUGCUCAUAAUAAACCAGUCCAUCUAUAGAUAGGUGUAUUAGGAUAAACUCAUCAAUGAAGUGUCCAGUAAUUCUUUUGUAAAUUCCUUUGAAGACAAUGAUAGGUGAUUAGAAAUCAGUAAUAAUUAUAACGGCAUUCAUCCUUAUCACACACAUCUUCAAAUAGACUGUCCAUAUGCAAAUUAAACCUA